GCACAUGAUUAUUAGCAAUCUUAACUAAAAAUAUAGCGAUUCUGGAUCUGUGAAGAUGAAGAUGGCUGAAGGGGAGAUCACAAAUUACCAUGUGGAGUAAUCUUUCCAAAUACCUGCCUUUCUUUGUCUUUAUAGCACUUUUUGGUCUAUUGUUCUUGCUUAGAAAUAUCCACAACUUAGAGAAAUUCAACUGCAGAACUGUUUCUGCUCUUAACCAGCUACAGAGUGACAUUAAAACAGCCCUUAGAAAGGAUGUUUCUCACAUGGGCAGCGCUAACCAGACACACUGUGGCUAUCUGGCUUCUGACCUUACUCCCGAGGAGAUUUCUGAAGAAGUUUACCUACAAGAGUCUCUUGUUUGGCCUGGACCACCUCACAAAGGGAUCCCUUUUCAGCAAAGCUCUGACCCCAAACAUAGCUUCUUUGUUAUCAUUAACUCCAAGACAGUGUUCCAAAUUGGUGACAUACUGGAAGUUUUGGUCCAUAUGCAUGAUUUCCUAGGUCAUCCAAAGCAGCAUGGUGGUGACUUCUUGCUAGCUCGCAUUCAUAGCCCAGAGCUGAAAGCUGGAGCUGCAGGAAAGGUGGUAGACCACCAAAAUGGUUUCUACUCUGUGUAUUUCUCUUUGCUGUGGCCUGGUGAAGUUCACAUCUCUAUUAUUCUGGUCCAUCCUAGUGAAGCUGUGCAAGUUUUGAAACGGCUACGCGAAGAAAGACCUGACCGUGUUUACUUUAAAAGCCUUUUUCGCUCUGGUUACUUGUCAGAGACCACAGUAUGCAACCUGUGCCUUCCUUUGCACCAGCCUCUUUGUAAUUACAGUGACCCACAUACUGGUGAGCCUUGGUUCUGCUAUAAACCCAAGCUUCUCAGCUGCGAUACCCGGAUUGACCAUGCCAAAGGUGGCUAUCAGAAGCACAUUCUUGUUGGGAAAGAGAUCCUGUUUUUCCAAAGUGAUGUGAAUAUCAAAAUACCUAUCUCACCCUCUGGUGCCGGCUAUGUGGUAGUGAAAGUUCCAGUAAAACAAGAUCUGCCAGAACCUGUUAAGAGUAUACAUGCCGAGACUGCAAAGUAUUCUCCUUCCGGCUUCUAUUUCCAAGAUAUGUGGAUGUCAGCAGCACAAAUUUUAAAGCGUUUUAAUGACACCUCGUCUAUUACAAAGUGCCUAAAAGGAAAAGUCAUCUACUUGUUUGGGGACUCUACGGUUCGCCAGUGGUUUGAAUAUUUAAAUGCUUUUGUUCCGGACCUCAAAGAGUUCAAUCUUGGAAAUCCCAGGCAAGUGGGACCCUUUCUUGCAGUGGAUAGUGAGCAUAAUAUUAUGCUGAAAUAUAGAUGCCAUGGACCACCUAUUCGAUUUUCCACUGUAGCAGCAAGUGAGCUGCGCUACAUUGCAAAUGAGCUGGAAGGCAUCAAGGGGGGCAAAAACACUGUCGUUGCCAUUACCAUCUGGUCCCAUUUUAGCACCUUCCCUGUGGAAGUUUACAUCAGAAGACUGCGCAAUAUCCGGCGGGCAGUACUGAGACUGCUGGAUCGCAGUCCGGAUACAUUAAUUGUUAUCAAAACAGCAAACUUGCAAGCACUCGAUCCAGAGGUUAGCCUUUAUAACAGCGACUGGUUCUCACUGCAGCUCGACAUCCUUUUAAGACGUAUGUUUCAGGGGCUUGAUGUUGUUCUAGUGGAUGCGUGGGAAAUGACAUUGGCUCAUUCUCUUCCCCAUGCUCUGCAUCCACCAUUAAUUAUUGUGAAAAAUCAGAUUGAUAUGUUUCUAUCCCACAUCUGUCCUGACAGCCCAAAUUAGGUUGGUUGUCUCCAAAUAUAACUUAAUAAUGCAAUUCAAAGGUUCAAAUUUUGAUAAAGUAAACAGAUCAGGAUGUUUGCCUUUUUUUCUGGCUCAGGAGUUGUGGGUAAGAAAGUGAUGUGAAAUGUGUUUGUUGCUCAUUGCACACAGUUUACUACAGCAUACUACUGCUUUACUCAGGCAUUCGGUAUUUAAUGGACUCUUGGGUUGUCGCAUCACAGCAAAAGAUUGUGCUGCUUCUUCUUUAAGUUAAUUGCCCAGGAUGAUCUGUGCAAAAAUAACUGUCAAGGCUCUGUUUUUUCUCUGAUUAUUGUACUCCAUAAAAAAAAAUGGCACUUUUAAAAAAAAAUUAGGAAGGCUGCAAUUUCAAAAGCCGUCUGCCUCAUGGCGUGAUUGCCCAAAUAUUCCAGUUAUAGUCAUUACAAUCUUUUUUUGUAAAGGCGGAAACAUACUGAAAAAAGGGUGAUAAAGAAAAUACAGUAAGCUGUCUUCAGCAUUACUUGUCAGAGGUUUAAAGUGAACAUAUUGUAUUGUAGAAUUACAGUAAUCCCUCCUCCAUCGUGGGGGUUGCGUUCCAGAGCCACCCACGAAAUAAGAAAAUCCGCGAAGUAGAAACCAUAUGUUUAUAUGGUUAUUUUUAUAUUGUCAUGUUUGGGUCACAGAUUUGCGCAGAAACACAGGAGGUUGUAGAGAGACAGGAACGUUAUUCAAACACUGCAAACAAACAUUUGUCUCUUUUUCAAAAGUUUAAACUGUGCUCCAUGACAAGACAGAGAUGACAGUUCCGUCUCACAAUUAAAAGAAUGCAAACAUAUCUUCCUCUUCAAAGGAGCAAACAAUUCAAUAGGGCUGUUUGGCUUGUAAGUAUGUGAAGCACCACGGCACAAAGCUGUUGAAGGCGGCAGCUCACACACCCUCCGUCAGGAGCAGAGAGAGAGAGAGUUACAGAGAGAUAGAGAGAGACAGAUAAAAAAAAUCAAUACGUGCCCUUUGAGCUUUUAAGUAUGCGAAGCACCGUGCAGCAUAGUUAAAAGCUGCACACAGAAGGUAGCAACGUGAAGAUAAUCUUUCAGCAUUUUUAGACAAGCGUCCGUAUCGUCUAGGUGUGCGAACAGCCCCCCUGCUCACACCCCCUACGUCAGGAUCACAGAUAGUCAGCACAAGAGAGAGAGAAAGAAAAGUAAGUUGGGUAGCUUCUCAGCCAUCUGCCAAUAGCGUCCCUUGUAUGAAAUCAACUGGGCAAACCAACUGAGGAAGCAUGUACCAGAAAUUAAAAGACCCAUUGUCCGCAGAAACCCGCGAAGCAGCGAAAAAUCCGCGAUAUAUAUUUAAAUAUGCUUACAUAUAAAAUCCGCGAUGGAGUGAAGCCGCGAAAGGCGAAGCGCGAUAUAGCGAGGGAUUACUGUAUAUUUAAAUAAUACUUCAUUGUCAUAAUAAUGUACAGUAUUAGAUAAAGGCCAGCUUCAUUUUUUCAAAAUCAAGAAGUCUCUGAUUUGUCCUUUAUUCUAAAGUACUGCAGUCUUGAUUGCACAAUGUUUAGUAAGAUACAGGUAGAACACAACACAGUUAUUAUUAAUGAAUAUUAUUUCAGUGGAAAUAUUGUAUGUAUUUACACACUGGGUCUAUACCUUAAAGGCAUAAAAAAUGCUAUUUUCCCCAGGAAUUUAAAAACUUUUUUUUUUGGAAUUGGUUCUUUCUGGAAGGCAUCUGUAAUGCUUCGUAACUCAAUUCAAGGUGUAAGACAUUGCCUCUCUCGACCCUCCAUUGCAUUACAUGCUGCGUUUAUUGCAUCAUUGUAUUUAUUGUACAAUUUUUUAUUUGUCAGCGAUAACUAUUUUUUCCUCAUUUCUGUAAUUUUUCAUAGUUUUCUUCCUAACACAUUCAGCUUUUCAGCAAGUCAUGCUUUAAGUUUGUGAUGUCACUAAAUUUCCAGGCACUGUCACUUCUACUUUAAAAGCAGUUGGGCUUAAAAUCAAUUUGGUGUUGUUUCUAAGUAUAUUUUUUUAUUUUGUAAAAAUAUGUUUAUUUUUAUAUUGAAAGAAAGAUUAUUGAAGCAUGACAGCAUGUUAGUCAGUAUAUUUGUUAUCUAUAAAACAGUGAAAACAAAGUAAAAGACUUUUGGAAAUGAUAUUUAAAAUUUUGGAACAUGUAUUUUUCCUUUUCAUUUGACUAAUUAGUGCAAUGUGUACUGAAAAAUGUCCAGGUUCCAAACCUAAAAAUAUGAAAAAAUUAGAAGGAAAAUAUUUAAUAAAAAAUGGUAAAAACAUAUACCGGUAAUUAAAGGGUAUCAUAGCAAUUCACAUAAAAAUGUGGUCAUUUUUAGUCUGUGUAUGUGUUCAAGUAGUGCGGUGCUUAUAGUGUCAAAGAAAAUAUAAUAUAUAUUGCUCAUUUUCAGAGAAGUAUAUUUUUUGUCAACUUUUUGAAUUUAUUUUAAAAAUUAGUACAUCAAAAUGGAAUAAUAUAAAACACAAAAAUAACAAAAAGCUGUUAGUAAUGCAUGUAUUACCAUUACUGUCGAAAUAUUAUUACACAUGGUCAGCGGUUUCAAUAUUUUGUUUUCCAGGUUUUUUAAGGAUGUUUUACACACUAGCAGAAUUUUGGCUUUCUUGGAAAAAAAGUCUUUUGAUUAAUGAACUUUCUGGUAUCUUCAGAAUAGGGAAUAUGCUAGAUCCUAGACUAAACUUUCCAGUAGUAAACUUGUUUAAUCGAACAGUGAGUACAAGUGACUAAAUUGUGGCUCCUGUGCAGGUUUGUGUGACUGGGUAAAGAGCUUGGCAAUCUGGGGAAGCUUAUUGUAGCAGCACUGCAUGUCACAUACUAAGGGAGCCUAUAGGAUGGUUUAGAUGGCCGUGGGCACCCUUCUCUUACAGUAGAGUGUACCAGACAUGUCCUACUUGGAGGAAACCUAGGGGCAGACCCAGGACAUAGGGUCUGUGUCUCAACUGACCUGGGAAAAUCUACGAAUUCACAAAGGCCUUGCUGGGUAUAGGGUGGCCUGAAAAGUCCACGUUGGUGUGAUACCAUCAUGACCAUCAACAAAUAAAGGAGAUUUAAAAUAAUGAAGGUAAAAGUUACUUUUGCCAUAGAUGCAUUUUCUUUGUAAUAAAGCCCCAAAUAUGUCAGUUGAUUCUGAGGUAGUUUUAUAAUGCACUGUGAAUUCAGCACAUGCCUUAUAUACACACACUGAGUAAUUUAGAUGCUCAGGAAACAAAAAUUUAAGAAAAUUACAAAACAGGAAUUCAAAUAUGUACAAACAGCACUGCUUUGACUCCUGUAUUCAAUGUUUAUGUUCAAAUGCAAGCAAUGUAAAUUGUACAUUAUUUGAUUAUUGUCUCUUCUGGUUCUGUGUUAACAUGUUCAGUGUUUCUAAAUUAUUAACGCUAAUAUUUUUGUUGCCAAAAACAAUUGCAUGAUAAACCAAAUUUAGGUUUGUAUAUGUGUAAAAACUUAAAGUGUAAAUUAAAGUAGCAUUUACUUUUUACAUUUUUGCUAAUGUUCCAAUCCUUGUUUAAACGCUUAAGUGUUUAGUUUGUUUUGUUAUUAUCUUAUUUUUGCUCUAAAGGAAAGUAGCACAUGUUUUUAUGUUGUAACUAAAAAUUAGGUGUUUAUAUUAUACUAGCUGAUAAUGAGAUUUGGAGAAAAUUAAAUAAAAUGAGGGUUAAACCCUUUGCACUCAAAUUAAUAA